GAUCGAAUUAACCCGAUUAUAUUUUCCGAAAAGUAUUUUAUGUGGUUGUUGGUUAUUUGCAGCAAAAAUAGAUUGAGGUUUAUAAUUAUUCAAUGUAGUAAAUAAUAACUGCCUUACAGAGCACCUGCAGUUAUAAUAAAAAAUGAAGUACAAUGAUAGGGAGCUUAUUUCACUUGGUGAAAAUAAUGCAGAUUUAGAAGGAGUUAUGCAUCAUAUGAAGCCUAUAGGAAAUGACUGGUCGGAUUGGUAUCAACGCCCCUCAUUCAAAGAACGAUAUUUUAAGUUGAUACUAAACAUUUUAUUUUAUUACAGAGUUGCCGAAGAAGAACCGAUCGGUAUUUUAAUAUUGGAAAAUGCCCAAGUGUCUUAUGAAAAACCUCAUAGAGGAAUACCAUUUGCUUUCUCAAUUACAUUCAAAGUCAACGACAAACAUCGUGAUGACGAAGCAAAACAUAUAUUUUCAUGUAGAUGUGAAAAAGAUGUUGCUACAUGGGUCAUAGCACUUAAAAGGGCUUCAUAUGAAUACUGGCGUUCUCAGUACAUUAUUUUGAAGACCAAACUUAGUAUGAAAAUAGGUGAAGACCCCGUGUUAGAGUACAUUAAAAGUAAAAAUUGUAUUGUGACACAUAGUGAAGUUAAAAAAACAAACAAAAAAACAUCAAAGUCUACAUUUUAUAGUAAUAUUGAUAUAAUUAGUACAUGUGAAGAAACUAGAAGUUACUCUGAUAUCAAGAAAACAAGUGGAACAAGUAGAGACAUUGAUGUAGAUAAUUUAAUAACAUUUGAAGGGUGAGUUCCGCACUAAAUAUUUUUUAUCUAUACCUUCAAAUAUUUUUGUGUAUAUUAAACAUUUAUUUUCAGUGCAUUAUGUUAAACAAUUGGUAUGUUUUCAAAGUAGUGGUUAUAUGAUAUGACUAAAUUUAUUUACAUAUUUUUGCACUGAUUUAUGAACAUACAAAGAAAAUGAAUACCAAAAAAUAAUACUUUUAAAUUAAAAUUUUGUGUCAGUCAUGCACUGCUAUGUAAACAUAUUUAUAGAAUGCAUUGAAACAAUGUAUUUAUAAGUGGUAUAUUGUUGAUGUUAACACUGAUAACAGUUGUGUUAUUUAUUGUCGAUGAUACUUUUUAAAACCAUAUUGUGGCAAUGAAAUAGCAAAUUUAUGGAAACAGCUAUUCUAUUUAACCCGGGAACGGUCGCUACUAUUUUCAUAAUCCGAUAGGUCGCCUGUUAGAUUUUAUCUAAGAAUUAGAGUUUGUCAUUAAUGUAAAAAAAAUAUAUUUUUAAUAAGUUUAUUUAUGAAUAUUAUUACAAAUUUAAAAAAAAAUAGUUAGCAAAAUAAAGUUAAAAAAUGGAUUAAGAAAGUUUCUUCACAGAAUAGGAAAUAUACUAAUACCUAUUUUUAAGAACAGCUUAAAAAUAUAGGUUUAAAAAAAUAUAAACUACAAAGAUUCUUCAGUAGAAUUAUUACCACAAUUCAAUGCAAAUAUAAGUAAUUGUUUGACUGUGUUCUUUGCAUACUGGAGAGACACAAGUUUCACACUGAUGUUGUUCCUUCUUAUGGGGCAAUAUCUACAUUUUACUUUUUGUUGAUUCUGCUGAUCUUGUAACGGAGCUACAGUCUGCGUUGGUCUUUUGCCAAUAAUGUUAGAUAUUUUUUGUCAAAGAGGAAUAGACAAGUUUGGAAUAGAAGAGCGCCUGAUUAGAUGAGGUAAUGCCAACUGUUUUGAGAGAUCUGAAAUAAAAAGUCUCCCUGCUUCUAUCUCACCCAUGUUAUGUUUCUGAAAUAUUUGGGAAUUUAUUGUAGCAAUAUUUAAUAGAGUAAAAAAACUAUUAGUGGCCAACAAUUACUAAUUCUGCUACGAAAUAUUUUGAAUUUAAUCAAUCUACAACAUCUACCCCACCUUUCAUGGAAUUAUAAAAUGUUAUAAUUUCUGGCUUGUUUGCUUGUGUGGUGGACGGAUCUAUUGAAUUAUCAUCAUGGAGAGUAGAUAGCAUCAGAAUGUUUUUAUUACUUUUUGGAAUAUACGACGCAAGAAUACAGUGAUUGUAAUUUUUCCCGUAAGCAAACAUAGUACUGCAUAAUGGACGAUUUAUUUACCUGAACAAACUCGGAUGGGAUCUCCCGCUUAUUCUUUUGCAGUCAGGCUGUGAUUUAGAAGUAAAUCGUUAGCAAGGGUAACUGGGGUGAAGUAAUUAUCCAUUGUAACGUUUCGUCCAGUCUUAUUAAUAGUAUAUAUCAAACAUUUCACUACGUUGGAAGCAACGUUUGACAACUUGUGUUGUCCCUCUAGUUGUUUUCUGGCAUAUAUUUCCAUAUUGUGCAUAUAAAACGUUCGUGCAUCUGCUAGACCCAGGGUGUCCAACUUGCAAGGCUCCAAGGGCCAAAACUAAAACCUUUGAUGUGGUUAUGGGCCAUAUAAUAAUUUUGUUAAAGUAAUAGCAAAAUAAUGUAAAGUAUAAAAAUAAUUAAAACAAAAAAAGAGUAUUAUUUCUUUUAUUGCUCAUUGAGUACGUUUUUGUAAAUGAAUGGAAAAUUUAUACAUAUUUUUUUGAGAGCUAAUAGAAACAUUGCAAUAAUAAUAAAAAGUUAUAUCUAAUGUGAAGAAUGAAGACUUCGUCCACCAAUGAGGAAAUGUCCACCUCCAGUUGUAGACAGUCUCAUGAGAUGACGUCUCCUUUCUUGUCUGGUGAUUAGGAACAUGUCAGCUUGAAGGUUACAUAACUCAAUUUGUAAGUCGGGUGGUUGAUCUUCAAUGAUUGCUCCAAGAGGAUUAUUAUAAAGCAAUAAACUGCUUUUGAGACUUUCGAUUUCUUCAAAUCUUGUAUUGAAUUCAUCAAUAACUUGUUGAAUUUAUGAACUGCAGCAUGAAAACUCAAUAUUUUCCUCACUAUUGAAUUCCUCUGCUAGUUGCAGACAGCUAGGGAAGUAUGUCAGCUUGUUUUUUUCCAAAGCAUGUUUAAACACGCUCAGCUUAUUCCGAAAUCCGUUUAUUUUUCCGAUUAAAUCUGAAACUGUCUGGUUUCUUCCUUGAAGACUCAAGUUUAAACUGUUAAGAUGAUUAGUCAGAUCUGUUAAAAAAGCUAACUGUCUUAAGAAUUCUGGAUCCUUAAGCUUUCUUUCCAGUUCAGUUGUGUCCGAUGAAACGUAUUCAUUGAGGAAUGCAGGAAUUUCUUUCCUUAUGGCAAAAAACCGUUCCAUGCACUUUCCUGCACUCAGCCACCUUACAUGGUUGUACAUUAGCAAGUCUCCAUACUCAGCCUCUGUUUCCACUAAAACUGCCUAAGUUUUCUGUGUAGAAGAGAUCAAUUUCCACGUCUAAUCUUAUUUAUAAUCUUACUCACGGUUUGAAAAACUUGAUUUUGCUUGACUGAUUUUCCACAUAAAGCUCCCUGAUGUAUAAUACAGUAAGACCCCGCUUAACUCUGUUUCAAAUACAUAUCCGAAAGAGUGUAUUUGUAUUUCUUGUUUGGUGCCGUAUAGUACAGACAUAUUUUUAUUAUUCGAAACAUUUGUUGAAAUUAUUGUAAGUAGGUAUUAAUUUACAUAUUUAAUACUAUAUUACAGUGUCAAAUAUUUUGAUCUUUAGUUUUUUACUAAGGGUGAUAAUGAAAAAGAAAAGAAAGCAACCAGAAAAAGCAUUUCACUCAAAACUAAAAUGGAAGUGAUUAGAAGAUUAGAUUAUGGUGAACGUCAAACUCUAAUUAGGGGUGUAAUGUUAGCUGUCCAAAAAUGCCGUAUGCGCGAGGUAAUAUUGUGGCUAAAGUAUUUAACCAAAUUAAAAAAAAAAACACUUGCAUAUUGCAGCCAAAACAAUGGCUCUACUCCGAAGCAAAGACCGAUUAACAAAAAACAAAAAAACAGAUUUACAAACCACCGCACAGUAUGUCUCAAAUAUGAGCGCGCACAUCACUGAAAUGUAAAAGAAUGUACAUAAAAACACUCUGCUUCGGAGUGAAUUGAAUCUUGAACUUUGCAGUCAUCAACUGAAAAACAUAAAA